AUGCAGGACUGGGAACCACCCCUCCCCGCAAGCUACCAUGACAGCAACCGGGCCUUCCUCCAGGCCUUCAUGGCGCGGGGUGUUCUCACGCUCGACGAGGCCAAGCCCAUCAUCGCUGCUAUCCUGAGUGCCCAGCAAGGUCCCGACCAACCCGAGGUCGAUCCCGAGUCCAUCACCCAAGACGACUUUGAUGCGUUCCUUGGCCCCGCCAGAGAGGCCAUCUCCCCUCUCGACUUUGACAUCCGAUCCACAAAGCACCAAGUCACCAACCAGCGAGUCUGGGCGCUCAUAAACACGCAAAGCGACCCCUCUACCCAGCUCGCCACCGUGCACACUCCCGAAGAGAUUGCAUUCACUAAGAGACUGCUCGACGCCAUGUUCGAGACAUACAACACACCGAGGAUGGAGGUAAUGUGCGUUACUGAGGCUCAGGCUCUCAAGCUCGCCCGACCCACGCGACCCAGAGAAAGCCUCGCCAACCGUGUGGAUGGCGCUCCUUCACAAACCUCGACCGACCGAGGUCUGAAACACUCCGAAGUGCUUGCGCUAUUACCCAGCCUCGUCGAGGAGGGCUGGCUCGAGAAGAGCCGGGAGGGCUUCUACAGUCUUAGCCCCCGUUCUCUACUGGAGUUGUGGACAUGGCUCAACGCGUCCUACAACGAUCCCGAUGCAGAGGCAAACGAGUGGCAGCGCAUCAAGUUCUGCGAAGCGUGCAAGGAAAUCGUGACCGUGGGGCAGCGCUGCGCCGAGCGAGAUUGCCUGGUCCGGCUACACGAGACGUGUCAAGAGGCAUUCUGGCGCUCUAGAAGGGACAGGAAGUGCCCCAAAUGCGACACGCACUGGGACGGAAAGCAUUUCGUGGGCGAGCCGGCAGUUACGCAGACCGAGGCUUUCCAGAAGAACAGGCGCAAGGGAGGUGGCCGCAGGAGCGAGGUCAUCAACACUCUCAUGCAAGAGGACGGAGACGGCGACGAAGAAGAAGCAGAGGAGGCUAGUGCGAUGGGAUGA